UGGAAACAAACAACUCUCUCCCCCUCUCUCUCUCACUAGGGAGCAAGUAGUGUGAAUUCAAAACUACAAAAAAGCAACAAGAAAGACGCUUUGGGCUCCUGGGGGUGGUGAAAAUCAUUUGAUUCUCUAAAUCUUUCUGCACUUUUUUCUUCCAGUUUUUCUCUGGAAAAUUGAGUUUGGAUUAGGUGGCUGGAAGACUGUUGGUGUAAAUUAUUGGAAUUUUUUUACUGUUAAACUGUAAUGGAGUCUUUGAACUAUGCUUUUGAGGGAAGAGGUUUUCUGUUUUCUGAUUCUGGCAUUGAAUUGCCAGUGGACUCCUUUACAAGAAGUAGAAAUCUUCUAAAAGACUGGAACUUAAACCCCUUCUCUGAUGUUGAUAGAGGUAUGAUUAGCACUAAUCAUGAGCUUAAUGAAGGAGCAGAGUUCAUGGAGUCUGGAUUGGCUGAAAUGCUGCAGAAAUCGCCCGUGAGUAGUCCGGGCUUGAGGCUUUCGAGUACUGAGUCUGAUAAUGAUUUUGGGAAGAUGACACUUUCUUCUUGUGUGGCUAAUCUGGAUUCGGUCCCGAGGGAGAUGGAAGUCGAGGCUAGGUUUGGGUAUAACAACGAGAAACCGUCACAGAUUAGUUCGAAAUCUGAGGAGUUCAUGAAUCAUGGCAAUGUCAAGAGUGAUCAGUCUUCAAAAUCAAGUUCGGUUUUGUCCCCGAUGGAGCCUUUGUUGCCAGCAAAAAGAAUCCGGGACACAAGUUUGCAGUCCGAUAUUCAUGCCUUCCAAGUCCAUGAUAUCAACAAGGCAGCCUUAAAUGAUUCAAAAGAAGCGAGGAGUGGCCAAUCUUCCAAGAAAACUUCAGAUUCAUCCUCAGCAGAGCCAAAAAAUUCGGAUUUGUCAUCAGCAGAGCCUUCUGUGACAGCGAAAAGGGCUAGGAUCACGAGUUUUAGUCCCCAAGUCCUCGUAUGCCAAGUUCAUGGUUGUAACCGGGACCUAAGCUCCUCCAAAGACUAUCACAAGAGGCAUAAAGUAUGUGACGAGCACUCUAAGACCGCUAAAGUCAUUGUUAAUGGCAUUGAACAGCGGUUCUGCCAGCAAUGUAGUAGGUUUCAUUUGCUUGCAGAAUUUGAUGAUGAUAAAAGAAGUUGUCGCAAGCGCCUUGCUGGCCACAAUGAGCGAAGACGAAAGCCUCAACGUGAUACUCACUGGGAUAUCCCGGGGUCGAGGUUCUUGGAUUUGGCGUCGGAUAGGACUAUCUCGUUCCUAUUCCCCGAAAUCCUUAAUGGCAGCUUCUUCUGUCAAGAAAGUUACGAGGACGAAGGAAAGCCGAUUUGCAGCUUGCUACAAUCGAGAGGGCUUCUAAAUGCUAUGCAGAAAACAGAACCCCCAAAAGGUCACCUUAGGGAGACAUUUCCAAUUCAAGAACUACCCGGGGGCGAAAACUCCACUCGUUCUCACUCUCUUCUGUCAGCCCACAAGGAAAAGAUUCUCAGCAAUUCAACCAUUCACCCGACGAUGAUUACAUCGAGCCAUCCCGGUUACCUCGAGAAGAAUCUGGCCAUGCCUUUGGGCAUGAACACUUCGGGGAACUUCACACUAGGCGAGCUGGAUGCGUUUGGAGUAGUUGAUCGAGAUGGAGUUCUCGAGGCUCACGAUGGCAAUUUGGGCGCUCGUUAUGAAACUCAAAUGGAUGGGAGCUUGCAAACCUCGGAUUCCAUGGACUUAACUUGCUAUAUUUCUCCAGAAAGCGGGCCAACCAUCGAUUUGCAGCAGCUGUCUACGCAUCUGCUGAGAGUCGAGCAGCAGAGAAGCUAUGCUCAGGUGAAUCACGACAGCGAUAACUUCUGUUUCACUACCACGUGAGGAUCCCGGGACUCUCCUGCAACAUAAAUUCAAUUCGUUUAGCUCGCUGUUUUUCUGUUUGUACAUACAAAUGAUCUAGAACUCGAAAUGCUUGCCUCUCCGGUUUAGGGGAUCUGAAAGGAGUAAUGAUUGUCAAAAGUGCAACAGUAUAGGCAUUUAUAUAGUCUCGAAUCGAAAACUUUCUUGAACCAAAGAAAGUUACCAUUUGUGAUCUUUGAGAAUUCAGAAUGCAGUUUGGAUAUGAGUUUGGGGAUUCAAUUUGAUUUGAAAAAACUUCUACCAAUCUUGGUUUUAAUGCUUCUAAUUCUAUACUAUUGAAAUGUUUGCUUCA